GAUGAUGCAUUCACUGCUGAAGAUCACCGUUUUGCUGUUUUGCGUUCAUACGGGAGAAGGACGCUGGCUUGGAACGCUACUAGAAAACAGGGGUCCGACUGCUUCCACCAAGUCAGACUUCAACGAUGAAGAGAGGAGAGGUGGUGACAACGAGGAAAAGCAAGGAUCCGAGAGGCAGCUGGAAAGGGAGUUCCGAUCGCCCCGCAGCGCCGAAUCCCCAUGCACUCUCCACUCCAUCCUGCUCCAGGUGCGAGACCUCCGGCUGGGGUACGACUCGGACGAGACGGUGUUGUUUAAGUACUGCAGCGGGACUUGCCCUCGCCUCGCCACCAAUCACGACCUGACGGUCACCAACCUCUUGCAGAGCGGCAUCUUACAAUACACCAGCCAAUGGCAUCACCAACCCUGCUGUCGACCCACGCAUCAUGAAGACAUGGUCUUUCUCGACAACAAUCAUCGCUGGCACAAAGUGGAGAAACUGUCUGCUGCAGAAUGCGCCUGUAUGGGGUAG